AUCGUUACCUCACAGGCCUGCAGGUUUAGACCUACGACCCCGUUCCGUUUAUAGAAACCAAAGCAACAGCAACGCGGGUCAAUAGAAUGGUUUGAAUCACAGAAUAAAAAAGGAUGUGUGGGCAAUAUUCCCUUUAAAAUUACCGUUGGACCUGAAUCCGCUGCAGUUCUGGGAAUUAUCGCGUAACCGCGGUACGGUCUGAUUGACUGCUGAGUUUCCACUGCGGUUAUAAGCCGCUGUUAGCUUUUCAGUGGUCAGCCGUCGCUAUAGAAGCGCGCGAUUCGUGUGAUCUUUACGGUAACAGUGUUGCGAUCACUGAGAAGAGCGGGAUAGAAAUAAUAUUAGAGCUAAUUGUCUAAAGAAACAAAUGGUUUUGGUUAUUUAAGUAUUCUAGUCAGUUAAAUUGAUGCCAAUGACCGAACUUUGACAUUCAAUAAGAAUAAGAACACCUUUAAUUGUCCUGCAUUAGGGGGAAUUGUGUCUCACAGGAGCACAAUAAAGCACAAUACAGAGAAAAAUAAUGAAAAAUCAAGCAUCAGAAAUAAAGUGAAGAUUUUUGAGAUUAUUAUGGUUUACAACUCAUGAAAAGCCUAAAUACAUAAUCAAAAAUCACAAUAUUGUGAAAAGUAAUAUUCACAAGAAAUAUUCUAUUCUAAUCUGUUGUAAAAUAACAUUGUUUACAAAAAGGUUGAGACAACUGUUGGUGCAUGAACAAUGCCACCUGUGAGAGCCAGGGUGAUGGGAUGAGCCUGGCCGCCACACCCAGUUCAGCGACCAGUUCUAAACUUUGACUUAAAAUAAAUAAAUAAAUAAAAUAAAACCUGUUCCUCAAUUUAGUACAAAACAAUUCCUUCAUAGUACUACUGUACUAAGCACUUCAUAAACUACUACUUCUCUUUCAUUUUUCAUAUUAGGGGUCUCCACAGCGAAUCAUCCUCCUCCAUCUUAUUCUGUCCUGGGCAUCUUCUACACUUACACCAGCCAACCUCAUGUCCUCUGUUAUCACAUCCAUGUAUCUCCUCCUUGGUUGUCCCUCCUGCCUGGCAGCUCAAUCUCCUACUUCCUUCUACCAAUAUAUUCACUCUCCCUCCUCUGCACAUGUCCAAACCAUCUCAGUCUGGCCUCUCUGUUGCUAACACAGGCAAUGUGAGCUGUCCCUCUGAUGAGCUUCCUGAUUCUGUCCAACCUCGUCACUCCUAAGGAGAACCUCAGCAUCUUCAUCUCUGCUGCCUCCGUCUCUGCCUCUUGUCUCUUUCUCACUGCUACCGUCUCUAACCCAUAGAGCAGAGCUGCUCUCACCACUGUCUUGUACACCUUGCCUUGCUGACACUCUUCUGUCACACAACACUCCUGACACUUUCCUCCACCCGCUCCAACCCACAUGCACUCGCCUCUUCACCUAUUUUCCACACCCGCCAUCACGCUGAACUGUUAAACUCCUGCACCCUCUGUAGCCUCACUGUUCUACCUCGCUCCCUCUUGUUUAGACACAUGUAUUUUGUCUUACUACAACUGACUCUCAUGCCUCUUCUUUCCAGGGCAAACCUCCACCUUGUAGCUGUUCCUCCACCUGCUCAUGCUCAUCAGCGUAGCAAACAAGAAGGGACUCAAAACUGAUCCUUGGUGUAGUCCCACCUCCACCUUGACCUACAGCACAUCUCACAACCGUCAUACUCCUCUCAUGCCCAUGUCCUGGACUACUCUGACGUACUUCUCUGUCACUCCCGACAGCCUCAUCCAGUACCACAGCUCCUCCCUUGGCACUGUGUCAUACACCUUCUCUAAAUCCACAAACAUGAGCUCCUUCUGACCAUCUCUGUACUUUUCCAUCAACAUUCUCAGAGCAGACAUGGCAUCAGUAAAGCUCUUACAGGGCAUGGAAUACUGCUGCCCACAAAUCUCACCUUCUUCCUGAGCCUGGCUUCCACUACUCUUUCCCACAUCUUCAUUAUGUGGCUCAUCAACUUUAUUCCUCUGUAGUUGCUGCAGUUCUGCGUGUCACCCUUGUUCUUAAAAAUCAGCACCAGAACGCUUCUCUUCCAUUCUUCAGACAUCUUCUCGCUCUCUAGAAUCCUGUUGAAUAAACUGGUUACAAACUCCACUGCUGUCUCUCCUAGACACUUCCACACCUCCACAGGUACGUCAUCAGGACCAACAGCCUUUCCACUCAUCAUCCUUUUCAGAGCCUUCCUCAUCUCAUCCUUUCUAAUCUCUGCUAUUUUCUGCUCCACAAUAUCCACAUCUUCCUCCCUUCUUUCCCUGUCAUUCUCCUCAUUCAUGAGAUCCUCUGGAUUCUCCUUCCAUCUUCUCUGCACACUCUCUUGGGUUGUUAGCACCUUUCCAUCACUGUCCUCAAUCACCCUUAUCUGUUGCACAUCCUUCCCAUCGCUAUCGCUCUGUCUGGCUAGCCUGUACAAGUCCUUCUCUCCUUCCUUUGUGUCUAACCUGUCAUGCAGCUCACCGUAUGCUUUCUGUUUGGCCUUUGUCGCCUCCCUCUUGUCACCUCCCUCUCUGUGCUGUGUUUCCUUUUACUUCUGUCUACUUUCUUCAGUCCUUUCUACAUCCCACUUCCUUUUAGCCAACCUCUUCCUCUGGAUGCAGUCCUGUUUUUUUUUCUCGUUCCACCACCAAGUCUUUAUCUUCUUUCCUCCUUCCAGAUGACACACCCAGCACUUUCCUACCUGUUUCCCCAAAAACCUCUGUUGUAGUUUUCCACCACUUGGUCUUCUUUUCUGUCUUUCCUCUCUUCUUCUUCGUGUCCGGAGUCAUUUUACACACCACCAUGCGGUGCUGUCUGGCUUCACUCUCUCCUACCACCACUUUGCAGUCACUAACCUCUCUCAAAUGACCUCGUCUACAUAGAAUGUAGUCCACCUGCGUGCUCCUACCUCCACUCUUGUAUGUCACUCUGUGCUCCUCUCUCUUCUGGAAGUAGGUGUUCAUGUUAGUAAUUUUUAUCCUCUUAACAAAGUCCACCACCCUCUGUCAUUCUAGAUUCAUCAAACCUGCCCCUCCUCAUCAUCUCUGUUCCCGUCACUAACAUGCCCAUUGAAGUCUGCUCGAACAACUAGUCUCUCUCCACUGGGGAUCCUCUGUAUGACCUCAUCAAACACACUUCCGAAUCUCUCCUUCUCUUUUAUCUCACAGCCAACUUGUGGAGCACACCCACUGAGUACAUUCACCAUCACCCCUUAGAAUUCUAGCUUUAGGCUCAUCACCCUGUCUGAAACCUUUCCCCUUCAGAUCAGAUCAGAUCAGAUCAGAUCAGAUCAGAUCAGAUCAGAUCAGAUCAGAUCAGAUCAGAUCAGAUCAGAUCAGUUCAGUUCAAUUCAAUUCAAUUCAAUUCAAUUCAAUUCAAUUCAAUUCAAUUCAAUUCAAUUCCGUUCAAUUCAAUUCAAUUCAAUUCAAUUCAAUUUGCCAUGUGCCCUGACUAGUUAGGGUGAGGAGAUAGACACACAGCACAGCAACAACAAGCAGUAGCUAUAUUUCUAAGAUGAAAGUAGGCGGUUUUAGAAAUUUGUUUAAUGUAUGAUGUAAAAGAGAGAUCCUGGUCAAAGAUGCCAUCCAGGGUGGCUAUUUGACUUAAAUUGUCUCAACCCAACGAUACUGUAAGAAUUUCAGUUUUAUCUGAAUUUAGUUGGACAUUUUGGGACAUCCAGGAUUUAAUGUCUUUUAAACAACUUUGAAUUUUGACUAGUUAAUCUGUUUUAUUUGGUUCCAAAGACAUAUAAAGCUGGGUAUCAUCUACAUAACAAUGAAAAUUUAUAGAAUGCUUCCUAAUAAUCUCACCUAGAGGAGACAUGUAUAGGCUGAACAGAAUUGGACCAAACACAAAACCCUGUGGUACUCCAUAGCUAAUCCUUGUGCAUGUGGAGAAUUUGUCAUUAACAUGAACAAACUGGAUUCUGUUGAAUAAAUAGGAUUUAAACUAUCCCAGUACUGUUCCUUUAAUUCCGAAGUAUGAUCUAGUCUCUGUAAUAAAAUGUUAUGAUCACUUGUAUCAAAUGCAGCACUAAGAUCUAACAGGACAAGGAUAGAACCUAGACCAUUGUCUAAUAGAAGAUCAUUAGUGACUCUAACCAGAGCUGUUUCUGUGCUAUGAUGUUUUCUAAAUCCUGACUGAAUACCUUUGUACAAGUUAUUCCCACUUAGGUGGUCAGAUCAUUGUUUACCCACAAUUCUUUCAACAAUCUUAAAAAUAACGGGUAAAUUUGAAAUGGGCCUAUAGUUGGCUAGUUGUCCAGGGUCCAGAGUUUUUUCAAUAAAGGUUUGACCACAGACACCUUAAAACCUGUAGUACAUAGCCUAAAUGUAAAGCUUGGUUGAUUUUAUUUAAUAUGGACCAGAUGACUAAAGGUAGAACCUUUUUUGAGUAAUCGGGUUGGGAUUGGAUCUAAAAGACAAGUGGACGCAUUGGAAGAGAUAAUUAUUGAAGUUAACUCCACAUGAGUUAUGGGGAAGAAGCAGUCUAGGUGAGACAGAGGGCAGAGGUAAAUUUAAAGUUGAUGGAUCUGGAGGGGGAGUUCUGUCAUUUGGAGGAAGUCGCUGCUGAAUGUCUUCUCUAACGGUGAUAAUUUUAUUAGUAAAGAAGUUCAUAAAGUCAUUGCUGCUGAGAUUUAAGGGGAUAGUAGACUCAACACAGCUAUGACUCUUAGUCAGCCUGGUUACAGUGCUGGAAAGAAACCUGGGGUUGUUUUGGUUUUCCUCAAUUAAAGAGGGAUAUUAUAUUUUCCUAGCAGCACAAAGUGCCUUUUUUGAUAUAUUAGUAGACUGUCCUUCCAUGCUAUGCAGUUUACAUUUAUUUUGUUGGAAUAACUAUAAGAACUAUGGGGAAGAACUACUAGGGAAGAACUAUAAAAUUAUGAAUUGAAAAUAUGUCAGGACAAGAUUGAGGGUAUGAUUAAAACAGUUAAUCAGUGGGUUCAUUUACCUGCUGAGUAAAACCAAUGGGGUCCAUUAAUGAGUUGAAAGCAGUGCUGAGACAGUUGCUGUCAACAUCUACAUGAAUGUUAAAGUCUCCCACUACAAUGACUUUAUCUGUGCUAAUGUAACGUUCUGUUUUGCAUGUCUUCUUCUUUUAUAGAAACCACACAGAGCUGGUCGAACUUAUUUUAACAGCAAUUUCUAUAACCACCAACAGCACUAGACAGCCAUUUCUUCCUUUUUUCGCAUGAACAACCGCACGCCUACUCCCCUGAAAAAAAACAUAUCCCAUCAGCACUAGCAAGUCCCCACGGGGUUUCUGUUCGCUGCAGUUCAGUCCAGAAUCUCCAAACUUGACUAUAUUCUACCACCAACAGAUCGCGCAAUUUCGACAUUUAACGGGAUUUAACAUUAAAAUAAAACUAAAUCAGAUAAAAAUUCUGAAAAUUCAGAACUCUGAAUAUGGAGCAGGAGGACGACAAAUAAUACAAAACACAACAGACUUCUAAUCACUCCUAACCUGUUUUUCUUCCUAUCAACACCAUGGUAGAACACCUCCUUCAAUACUAUGGGCUUUACUACUUUACUUUAUUAGACCACUAUGAUGCAGUGUUAAAGUACUACUCUCAGGGAAAACACUGGGUUGGAUUUAUUGAAGGUCAGCUUUUUAUGUCAAGGCUGUGUAUUGUAAGAUACUUCCUAAGAGAUUAUUCCGAAACUAUUCAGUGAAAUUAGUUGAUAUUUGCUGUGGUAGUAGUCCUUGAAGUACUAAGUAGAAUUUUAAAGGCGUGGUGAUGUACUUAUUUGAGGACCUAAUUUUAUUCAAAGCCAAGUUUUAGGAUAGAGACCAACCGCGUCUUUUGUACAUUGAAUAUUUACAAACAAACACUGACAAUUCCAACAUUUCUUAAAUUUUGCAAUUUACCAUUUGUUUCCUUAGAAAAUUAGCUGUAACAUAAUUUCUUUUGGCACUUCUAAGUGAUUGCAACACUGUUACCUAAAAUACUACACAAAUCGCUAAAGUGAUGGCUGAUUUGAGCACAGAAAAGUGAACCACGUCUCAUUUGAUGGCAGAUUGCCUCCAGUGUUUGUGUCAUAAUUAUCAAAUAUGUUUCCCUUUGAUUAAUGAUCACUGCUUAAAAGUUAAAAUGCCUCCAUUUCAAAUAAAUUAGCAGCAGUAUUAUUCAGUGACGUGAAGAAGCCUAGAUGAAAAUGCUGCAAAGACACAGGAUCAGUGGUGUAAUGGAGACCCACACUGAUGGUGUGACUUCGCUGACUGAUAACAAACAGACCAGUGAAGAUGCAGAGGCUUUCUCCAGCUACAUAAGUCACAACUAGCUGCAUCCUGGUCCAUCCAAUGGUCUGCAACCAAGUGGAUACUGUACGUGAAUGAGUUAAAAUCUGUGCAUCUCAAGAACGUAAAAGAACAAACCAGAGCUGUGUUAGGUGCAAGAAGGUGGCCAGGCUUCUAAACUAGGUCUCAUUAAGGUUCAAGCUCUUAUUUACUGUGGAGCCUGAUGGUUCUCGCUGAAACUAAAUUAUCUUAAAAAGUCUAAAACUGGUCCUGAAUCCACUUUCUCUGUCUGUCAGUUAUGUCGGCCUCACCCCCCCUCGCCGACCUUUCUCGUCUCUAUCAGACCGAAUUUAUUCGAAGCGCCCGGGCAGUCGGCGUCCUCUGGGCCAUCUGUACACUCUGCUUGGCCAUCAUCCAGGUAGUGGUUCUGGUGCAGCCGUCUUGGAUCGGCACAGCAGAUUUAAAAACACAGGGGGCAGGACCCGCUCAGCAUGUCAGUGGAACACUGGGACUGUUUGAGGUGAGAGUAGAUACAGGAGUCACGAUGUCACCCUCCAUCAACUUUAACCCGUCCUUGUGCUCAGGUGUGUAUGGACCCGGACUGGCUGGUCCCAGACUGUCGUGGGGGUCUGUCCAGUCUGUCUCCUCUCCCAUCCUUCCAGUCAGUGGCAGUGUUGGUAGGACUGUCCCUGUGGGCCGUGUGGACCAGCGUCCUUUGUCUCUGUCUCUUCAGGUUCUGCAGUGCUGCAACUGUGUACAAGAUCUGUGGCUGGCUGCAACUCACUGCAGGUUUCUGUCUGGCGUUGGCCUGUCUGCUGUUUCCAGAUUCGUGGGAGAAUCCAGAGAUGAGAGCUCUGUGUGGAGACUCGGUGAGAUGCAGCAGGUGGCCAGUUUUUCUCCAGGUAACUGUUCGGUCCACUGGGCCUACAUUCUGGCCAUCCUGGGCAUUUUGGACGCCGUCAUCUUGGCCACACUGGCCUUUGUUCUGGCCAACAGACAGGACGCUCUGCUGCCUCCUGAUGCCAAGGAAGUGACCACGGGUCUGCUGAUAUCGGCAUGACGUUAAGAGAAGCUCUCUCCAACCUUCAAUGUGUCGUUCUGAGAUUGACUGCUUUGAUCUUCUCCCACAUAUCUGGGGAAGAUUGGGCUGCUGCUUUCAUUCUGAUAAGUGGAUGAGGAAGCAUCGCCAGUGACAUUUUUCAUUAUUUCUCCCCACUUUUAGGUAGGUUUUAUGUAUGUGACCUGACAAACGCCACUGCAAGGAAUUACAAACUUGUGUAAUGAGUCCAAAUAACAAAGUAUAACAAGUGUUGGUAUGUUCUAAUAGGGUAACGUGUGAUGUAGCUGUAGCUGCCAUUUGAAGGGUUGUCAAACACAAAC